UGAUGAACUUACCUUUGCUGAUGAUUUUGGGCUUGGCUUUCUGCUUAACUGAGCACAAUAAAUGCUGUGCCUCACCCUGUGCUAUUCUCAUCAGUAUGCUCUACGCCUGGAACGUUUUUGAGAAAAAGGAAGAAAUUUGCAUUUGUAUCUAUUCAGUGCCAAGGGCAGCUCAAUCUUUUCCCACCCAUGGUGGCAACAAUGAGGAAGGUUUAGCACUAGAACAGGGCAGGAUUUGGGGACUGGAAUCCAUGUUCCCCUUUGCUGACACACUGCCUUUGACUUCAGGGUGGGAUCACCUUUCUCUGGCCCUCAGGAGCUUAACUUCUCUCCUUUCAGGAAGAAAGAAAUCAUGUUACAAACCACGACGCAGAUGGGAUUCAAGCAUUUGCCAGCACUACAGGGACAGCGUCAAACUGAACUACCUGGGAUGGUGAAGGAGAGAGCUCAGGAUCUCCUGUAGAGCCCAGGGAGAACUUCAUGUGUCUUUCCCGUGCUGCCACCAGCCGGCUGCCACAAGCAGUACUGGGUCUGCCCUGCCUGGCCUCUGCUGAUCCUCAGGGGUUCCUCUUUGGGACAUUACUAUGCUGCUUUUCACCUGGAAGGAUCCCAGCGGCAAAUACCUCCGAUGUCUACUACAGCCCAUCAGGACUCACCCAAGGAGGCUGAGCAGGAAAAACUGAAUUGCGAACACCCCCGGUGUUGCUUUGAAAUCAGGGGUAGUCACCAAACUGCUCUCAGCCGUCUCUGCACGAAGCAGGAGCAUCCAUCCAGGUCCCAGCUGCUGCCCUAAUCUCAGGGGGCUGUGAGUGGAAGCAGCGGGGGCUCGCACUCCAUCAGCCCACGCUUCCUCCUGUGGCUGCUGCUGACCCUCACUCGAGAUGGGGUAGCUACGGCGAGGGGCAUGCAGGGGUAUUGGGUAGGAUACAGCCCGUGAGCCUUUCUGGCAGCCUGCUCCGCUUAGGGGACAUAUAGACCCUGGAAGUCAUCGCCGCACGACCCUGCGCCCACAGCGCUCGGCUGAGCCCGACGCAGCGAUGAUGCUUAAUUGGAGCUUUUAAUGUGCCGUGGAGCUGGUUGCGUGAAAGGUUUGUUGUGAGGAGCCGUCAGGGCCGGAGGAUGCUUAGGACCCAGGGGAAACACUGGAGAGCCUGUCUGGCUGGGCUUGGAGGAGCUCCUGCCUCCCCAGCCAGGACUUCUCAGGUGUCCUGGUACUGCGGCACUGUGCGAGGCAAGCUGGGCCCUCCUGGCAGCUCCCCCUUCCCCACGUCCAUGCCCAUCCUCUGAGCCCCCCUGGGCACCCAUGCGCUCGCCCGGGGACCGCUCCCCACCAUGAAUGACCAGUACCACCGAGCAGCCCGGGACGGCUACCUGGACCUCCUGAAGGAAGCCACCAAGAAGGACCUGAACUCGCCGGACGAGGAUGGCAUGACCCCGACCCUAUGGGCCGCCUACCACGGCAACCUGGAUGCCCUGCGCCUCAUUGUCAGCAGAGGGGGCGAUCCAGACAAAUGUGACAUCUGGGGGAACACCCCUCUCCACUUGGCAGCAGCCAACGGCCACCUGAACUGCCUUUCCUUCCUCAUCUCUUUUGGGGCCAACAUCUGGUGCCUGGACAAUGACUACCACACCCCACUGGACAUGGCUGCCAUGAAGGGGCACAUGGAGUGUGUGCGAUACCUGGACUCUAUUGCUGCCAAGCAGAGCAGCCUCAACCCCAAGCUGGUGAGCAAACUGAAGGACAAGGCCUUUCGGGAUGCGGAGCGGAGGAUUAAGGACUGCGUGAAGCUGCAGAAGAAGCACCACGAAAGGAUGGAGAAACGGUACAGAAAGGAGAUGUCGGAUAAUUCGGAUACCAUGAGCUUCUCCAGCUAUUCAAGUAGCACCUUAAGCAAGAAGUUCCAACAGAUGUCUAUGGUGACUUCCCUGCCAUACUCACAAGCCACCAUCCAUGGCACAGCCAAGGGAAAGACAAAAAUACAAAAGAAGCUAGAGAAGAAGAAGCACGUGGAUGGGACAUUCAAGAUCUACGAGGAUGGGAGGAAAAGCGUGCGGUCUCUGUCUGGUCUGCAGCUGGGGAAUGACGUCAUGUUUGUGAAGCAGGGCACAUACGCCAGCCCCAAGGAGUGGACUCGGCGUAAUAUCAGAGACAUGUUCCUCACGGAUGAAGACACUGUCUCCCGUGCCAUAAGUGACCCAGGUUUGCACAUGGACUCAGCCCAUUCGGAAGUCAGCACUGAUUCUGGCCACGACUCCUUGUUCAACCGCCCCGGGCUGGGCACCAUGGUGUUCCGGCGCAACUACGUCAGCAGUGGGCUUUUUGGGAUCGGCCGGGAGGACACUGGCACGCUGGGUGAUGACAACACAGAUGGGGUAGGUGUCAAACUGCGGAGCCGCCUGCAGCGCUCGCCAAGUCUCAACGAUAGCAUUGGCAGUGCCAACAGCCUGCAGGAGAGGAACGCGGAGGAGCUACCCUGGGAUGAGGUGGAGCUGGGCUUAGAUGAUGACGACGAACCAGACACCAGCCCCUUGGAGACUUUUCUGGCUUCCCUGCACAUGUUUGAGUUCAUCUCUGUCUUGAAGAAGGAGAAGAUUGACUUGGAGGCCCUCAUGCUAUGUUCAGACAAUGACCUGAAGAGCAUCAAUAUCCCAUUGGGCCCCAGGAAAAAGAUUGUGGAUGCCAUCCAGAGGAGACGACAAACUCUGGAGAAGCCAGACGUCAUUGUAGACACUGAACUAUAGCACCAUCGUCAUUUUUUUUUUUUUUUUUUUUUUAAUGAUCGAGAAACAAACCCAGUUCUAAGUUGCCAGAAAACACAAGCCAGAGACUCCCUUCCCGGGGCAGCUGAAAGCUACAGCCAUCCCACCAGUCCCUCUGGACUGCCCUCCUGCUCCGUCGCUCUGCUCCCUGUCUGUGCGAUGCUCCCAGGCGGUACCUGGUUCGGAGGGACGACUGCUGAGAUCGGCCCAGGCAGCUCCAACCUGCCAACCUUGAAGGGAUGAUGGUCGCCUGCUCGCUGGAGGAAGAAGUGAGCUGCACAGCUGGCUAGGACACUGUGCUGUCACAGGCUGAGACCACACGAAGCCAUGAAUGGAAGGAGAUAUGUGAUGGUAUUUUCAAAGGGACCCGAAAUAAAUAAUUACAAUCCA